CUUCCUAUGUUUGACGUUGCCCAAGUUUCGGCGAUAUCGUAGCACAGAUUUAGCAUUUAGUUAAGAUUAUCCUAAUUCAGAAUUCUACUUUGGUUUUUAAAAAUCCGGGGGAUCACAAUUUCAAUAGCUUAGUUAUUACAAAAUACCAAAGGAUAGCUCUGCGUGUUAUAGCAUCAUGGCCGCCUUAGAGGGGACCUGCCAAGACCAAAAGUAGAAAAGCGAUAAAGUUGUUAUGAUACGCCCUAGGUUGUCAAAGUCUAUCAGAAUCUUUCUUGAUUCAACAAGUACACUUCAUAUUUUCUAAAAUGAACGUUCAGUGUUUGCAUGUCACGAAAUUAUUUUGCCACAUGCACCGACUGCCUUUUCGACUGACAGAUGCCGGGACGGUGUGGCCUUCAAGACUGUUCUGUUUACGUUCGUUAAGUACAGAUCUUGGUUCUGAUGACCGACCCGUUUUCACUCCGCGUAGAGCUGCAGUCUUGACAAGGAUAACUAGAUACGAGUUUGAGAAAAGACGAUGUAGCGGCUUGUCAGAGACAGACCUGAAGAAAAAUCUGGAGUCAAAAAACUCAGACUAUCAAGGACUUGUGGAUCGGCAUAACACACAUCUAGCAGGGCUGGAAGUGAUAAAGAAAAAUUUAGAAGGAGCUAACAUAGAGACGAGAAUUGUAAGUCGACUACAGUUUGACAGUAAACUGAUCGACUGGGCCGAUGUUAUAUUCACAGCAGGAGGAGAUGGAACCUUCCUGUUGGCUGCCAGCAAGGUCAAUGACAGAAGUAAACCUGUCAUUGGAAUCAACACCGAUCCAGAUAGAUCGGAAGGCCAUCUUUGUCUACCUAAAAAUGGCUACUGUGGGAAGAACUUCCAUUCUGCUUUGAAGAGAUUGCUGGAUGGGAACUUCAGGUGGAAAUGGCGUCAUAGAAUACGAAUCACCAUGUCAGGUUGCCAUGAUAAUGAUGAAGCAAUAGAGCUUCAUGAUCAACAAUUGCAGUUUGUUGAACAUAGAUUUACAGAACAUGUUCAAGAGAAUGAACAAGUCCGGCACCCCAUUUGUUCUAUGAGAGACAUUCCAACACAGCGUGUACUGCCAGUGCUUGCCCUCAAUGAAGUGUUUAUUGCAGAAAAGCUGUCAGCAAGAGUGUCUUAUUAUGAGCUGUCUGUGGGCAAGGGCCUCUCAGAGAAGCAGAAGAGCUCUGGAGUGACUGUGUCUACAGGCACAGGGUCAAGUUCAUGGUUCUUCCACAUAAACUAUCUCCCCGUGGAGGGGGUCAAGGAGAUAUUAGAUAUAGCCAACAAAUACACUGAACACAAGUUCCCUGUAAAUGACACCUCACUCCUUGAGAAGAUCAAGGACUCGUUCAACUACUCUCUGACCUUUGACCCAAGUGAACCGAGGAUGGCUUACAGCAUCAGAGAUCCUGUAGUAAACGAUGUGUUUAGAAUGAAUAAUCCAAGGGGAUUUGCUGACAAAGUCGUCAUUCGGUCGCGGAUGUGGGAUGCAUGUCUGGUGGUUGAUGGGGGUUCAUCGUUCCGGUUUAAUGAUGGUGCUAUCGCCACACUGGAGAUCUGUGACGAAGACGCUCUGCGGACAGUCAUGUUUCACUAGUUGAUUGUGCUGAAAAUACUAUAUGAUCAUUUUAAAAUGGCUUCCAGUCCCUCCCUAGACAUGAAAUGGCUAUGCUUUUCAUUGGACUAGCUGUUUUCUUCUUCAGCCCCAAUUCAGUGUUGAAUGUUAUCAGGUUUGGUGUGAUGUAGAUUCAAGUGUGAUAUGUGUGAAGAAAUGUUCGAGCUACAGUGGACACAGAAAGAGAUGCAUACUUCUAGGAGUGGAGAGCUUGUGCUUACAUCUAUGAGUAACAAGCUUGUAGUUAUAUCCAUGAGUGACGACAGUCUUCAUCAUGUUCUUUUAAUUGGCGUGAUAACCUGUGAAGUUUGAAGUGGUCAAGCAAUCAAGUUAUCCAUGGCAAGACAUGAAGGAAAUACAGGCAGAUAAAAUGUCUGAAGAUUUUUACCUUCUCCCACAAGAAUACAUGUAUCUACACUACUGACUAAGUGAGAUUGAUGUAUGAUCAGGUUUGCUGUGGUCGUGACAAUGCUGUAACAUUUGCUGUGUAUUAUUGCACGCUAGCACUGAAGUCAGUCCCGUGACAGAUGUACAUGUUUAGGGCAGCUUAUGAUAUAGGUUAUUUACCAAUGUCAGUUUUCAUGUGUUUCUGACAAACACUUACAUUGUAUUCAUCUGUCUGAUGGUGACAGCAUAUAAAUCUUUUAUUACAGGGUUAAGAGCUGAAACAGUUGCCGGUGUGGUUUUGUAUCACCUUGAAUUUACUGUCCAUGUUUUCAUACUUCCCCAUCAGUCUCUGAUCACAUUGUCAGAUUAUAGUGUUUGUUACUGCCGAAUGUGUAGCAAGCAUUAAGAUCAGUUUUUAUGAACACUGCAUGUUAUCAUGCUUACCGGUACUUUGCCUCCCACCCUAAAUGACAGGGUCAAUAUUUUCCAGCAUUUUGUUAUUUGUUUGCAAUGCUGCCUACAUGACCAAAGAUGUGGAUGAGUUGCACUGGUGCAACUUGAUUUAAUAAAAUCUACGACUAUCA